AUGGCGGACCCUCAGAGCCCCGAAGCUCGCGAGUUGAGCCUGAUAGGGAAGGUGGAAUUCAGAAUUGCAAUGGCAGACUCAGAUGAGAAAUUGCAGUCAUUACUAGGGACAUACCUGGCCCCUUUAUUGCUGAAGCUCGGGUCCGACAGCGUGGAAGUGCGUAACAAGAUUAUCUCGGUCUGCCAGCAUAUCAACACUCGUGUUAAAGCCCCCACUGUUCAGCUGCCCGUGGCAGCCUUGUUGAAGCAGUUCAAGGAACAGAACUCUCAGCUGAUCAGGCAUUUUGAUCUCAUAUAUGCUCAGCAAGGCAUUGAUCGACUUGGCUCCGCAGCCAGAGUCGAGAUCCUGCUACCCUUGCUCCAGGGUAUCUCGAAGAUCGGAACGUCGCCCACUCAGGGUGCUAUCGUGUUUAAUCUUGUAUUGCGUCUUUUGCCGCUACUCAAACUCCCAGUGAGAGGCAGUGAGGAGGACCGCCGUUUGAAAGAGCAUCUCGGACUCUCAGAUGAUGAUUCUAAAUUCCUGUCCUUUUGGCUGGCGAAAUUGCUACUUCUGACCCCUGGUCCCAAGGAAACUGUGACGUGCCCCGGUCUCUCCCCAGACGAGUAUGCAUUUUUGAAUAAGGGUGCCCCUGCGAACGAGACUUGGAACCCUUCGAAGGAUGGCGGCUUGAACCUGACUGAGACGAAAGUCACCGCCCUGAGAUUCAUCGGCAGUGGUGCUUUUGAGGAUUCUCAACGCUUCCUGCCUUCACUUAUUGCUUCUGCGGAUCCCAACUCUCGUCUGGCUGAUCUGGGCGAUGAAACUCUCAAGCGGUUUACUGCGGAUAUCGACAAUCCCGAUGUCGUGAAUGAGCUGUAUGAGCUGUAUUUCGGCGGUUCGUCGCCUGAUGGUGCUCCUCCGGCGCGGCCGCCACUCCAAGUGAAGCUCCUUACAUAUCUGGGAAAAUCCAUCAAAGCUACUGCGGACCCGCAGCGGAUCAUGAGGCUCAUUGAGGAUGGCCUCCUAUCCGAUACCGCUAGAUCAGCUCAGGGGUUGCAAGCGUCAAAACUAAGGACCCAAAUUUUUACAUUCACCACGUGGGUAGUUCGUAUGGGCGCAGCUUCUGAUCUCAAGCAAAUCGCCCCUAAACUCAUCGCAGGGCUGAGGGACUUCAUUCAAUCUCAAGGAUGGCCCAGUCCGGCAGCUAGUGGGCAGAGAUUGCCCACAACAGACCUUAGCUUGCGCGGGCUCGCCUACGAAUGUAUCGGUAUCAUGGUCCCCAAAGUCGACUUUGUGUCACAGGCCGAUACAGUAGAGAACUUUGAAUUUGACCUGGUCCGAUGGCUCUUUGGUUCGCUAGGAGCAGACGACUCUGGUCCUGGGAUUUUCGUGAGCAUUGAUCAGGCGCUGGGAAGUAUCCUGAAUUCCUCUUUGAACAGCCACGAUAAAACCUUCCAGGACCAGCUUCGGCCAUUCUUGGUUCAUCAGAUGAGCAUGCAACCUGGUGAUAUUGACCCCGACACAGGCUACCGAGCUGUUCGAGGAGUCCAGUAUGCCGCAGUGCGGUUUGCCAAUCGGUUCCUGCCAUUCGGCGAUGUGGUCGCCCGUUGGAUCGACUUGAUGGCCAUUGCAAGGGGCCCAGAACGGCAACAGGAGGUCGUCGAGGAAGGAAAGAAGGGCCUCCACCCUUAUUGGUACCGACUACUGAAUCCCACUGAGGACGGGAAACGCUCCACUUCAGCGGCAGCGCCGGUACAGGAUGAAUCUUGGUUUGAAUUCCCGAAGUUCGAUGCGGCUACUCGUUUCCUGCUUGGGCCUGGAGGGCAAGAGGAACUCAUGAACGUUCAGGCACAGUCCGCUUCGCAACUCCUGUCUGGCCCCUACAAAGGUUCCUUCGUGCCUGCCAUCUCGUUCCUCCGAAACAUGUUGCUCUGGGAGGCAUUCUCUGCCUCGGGAGUCACUGCGGACUUGGAGCAAGAUUGGGACUACAAGCUUGAGGUUCUCCUUUCUACCAGCGUUGAAGCUCGCUCAGCCGUGAGACGGUACAUCCGUGAGUCCGCAAAGGAGUCGGUGUUGUCGUUUUUGUCUGGCACCCUCGAAGGCCUUGUAAGCGGCGGGCGCGAAGGACUACGGCAAUGCGGUGUUCGUUUUGUGGAAAUCUGCUCGCUAGCUCCCAAUGACGUUGUUGAGCAUUUGCUUCCGCGUGCAAAGUCCUUGAUGGAGCCUAUUUGCAGCAACAAUCAGGAUAAUCAGGGCAUCACUGCACGCGCUUUUGGAAUUCUGACUUCGCAUCCGGGUUUUCCAGAAGAGCAACUGAAGAGUUUCGUUGCUCAGCUAGCGGGUACCAUUCAGUCAUGGAAUAGUGCUGUCGGUGAAGAAGUCAUGCGCGUCCGUGGGGCGAUUUUGGCGCUCUCGUAUUUACUGAGUCGACUUGCGUACCGAGGUCUUGUGGACCCAAUUCCAGAAGCACAGGGCAAACAGUUCAUUGAGACUCUCUUUGAUAUUCUGGAUGUUGCUCGGGACACUCUGUUACAGAGAACCGCACAAGAAGCCAUUGGACAGCUCAGUUUGUCUGGUGUUCUUUCUCUUGACAUCAUCAACGAAGAUGGCUGGAAAAAGAUACAGGAAAAGCUAUCGAAGGAUGCUAAGACCGAGAAUCGGAUUCCUAUCAUCUGUUUAGGAUUGUUAACUUUGACCUUCUCCCGGUCUGGCUCUGACACUACCUUGUUCAACGACUUCCUGAAUUCACUUUACAGUCUACAUGAAAUCCGCAGUCCUGAAGUUCAGUUCACUGUGGGCGAGGCCAUAUGCAAUGUCGCAGUUGGAUGGGAUUCCAGAGCUCUCAUUCAAGAUUUCGACGUCGAUGCGGAAUUCCCCGGUUCAGACGUCCCGCGCUCAGUGUUUGCAACUAUAUGUGACAAGGUUAUUGCGGAUUGCAUCUCGCCUAAGCCAUCUCUGCGGAAGGCGUCUGCAAUCUGGCUGCUGUCGCUAGUCAAGAACUGCGGGCACAUGCAGGAAAUGCAAGGGCGACUGCGCAAAUGCCAAGCUACUUUCAGCAGCCUCCUCGGAAACCGGGACGAGGUGGUGCAGGAGACUGGAGCGCACGGACUCAGCCUUGUUUAUGAAAUCGGCGACCAAUCCCUCAAGGACGAUCUGGUUCAAGAUCUGGUCGAGUCAUUCACCUCGACCGGUCCAAAUCUCGGAGGGGGCAAGAUAGAAGCUGACACACAGCUAUUCGAACCUGGGGCGCUCCCUACUGGUGAGGGGUCGUCCGUCAACACCUACAAGGAUAUCAUGAACUUGGCCGCCGAGGCGGGUGACCCGACUCUCGUUUACCGCUUCAUGUCGUUGGCUUCAAACAAUGCCAUUUGGACGAAUCGUGCUGCAUUUGGCCGCUUUGGCAUCAGCAGCAUCUUUUCUGAUUCUAGCGUUGACGGAUAUCUGGCGAAGAACCCUAAGAUCUACCCUAAGCUGUUCCGUUACCGGUUCGAUCCGAACCCGAAUGUGCAACGGUCCAUGAACACUAUCUGGCAAGCCCUCGUCAAGGAUCCGACUGUUGUGGUCGAUACACACUUUGACGAUAUCAUGCAGGAUCUGCUCAAGAGUAUCCUAGCGGGCCGGGAAUGGCGUGUUCGGCAAGCGAGUUGCGCUGCCGUAGCAGACUUGAUUCAUGGUCGCCGUCCAGAGAAAUACUCCCAAUACCUGGACGAGAUCUACAGCAAAGCCUUCAAGCUACUGGACGAUAUUAAGGAGUCUGUCCGCACCGCUGCUUUGAAGCUGUGCCAAACCAUCACCAAUUCGGUCAUCCGCACACUCGAGACAAGUGGCACGGAGAAACGCGCAGGCACUCUACUUCAAAGUGCUAUUCCAUUCCUUCUGAGCGAUAAGGGGUUGGACUCGAGUGUGGAAGAAGUACAAGGGUAUGCCAUUGGCGCUCUUAUCUCCAUGAUCAAAAAGAGCCCUGGCAGCUUGCUCCGCCCACAUGUUCCCAAUAUGCUGGAGAAGUUCCUCAGUGCUCUCAGCUCCUUGGAGCCCCAGGCUGUCAACUACGUCCACCUUAAUGCCGACAAAUACGGUCUCACCGGUCAAGAGAUUGACAAAAUGCGCCUGUCCAGCAUCCGCUCAUCUCCCAUGAUGGAGGUCAUUGAGCGGUAUUUGAUCGAUAACUUGGAUGAAAGCAACCUUGACGAACUAGCCCAGAGACUUGAAGAUGUGCUGCGGUCGGCCGUAGGCCUGCCAUCGAAGGUAGGCUGCAGUCGCGUUCUGGCGCUGCUCAGCAUGAAAACCCUGGUCUUCCGUCCGUACGCAGAUCGAUUCAUCCAAAUCCUUACCAAGUACGUGGUGGACCGAAACGAGACUGUCAGCGCUUCCUACUGUUCAUCCAUGGGCUAUCUGCUGCGGCUGGCGUCGGACGAUCGGGUCCUCAAGACCCUUGAUUUUGCCAAGAAUCUUUAUCUGACAGCCGAAGAUGCCACGCCGCGGGUGAUCUCUGGGGAGAUCCUGUACUCGGCGUCCAAACUGUCCAACGACCGGUUUAUGGCAUUUGCGACAAGCGCCUUGCCAUUUGUGUUUGUCUGUAAGCACGAUGGCGACGAACACGUGAGAGAGCAGUUUGAGAAAACGUGGCAAGAUAACGUCGGUGGUUCGCGUGCUGUGACGAUGUACAUCCGCGAGAUAGUGGGUCUUGUUUCGGACAAUUUGGACUCUCCUCGCUGGGCUAUCAAGCACACGGCCGCACGGGCAAUCGCGCGAGCAGUGCUGUCACUGGACGCAGAGAUUGACCUCGCGACGGCUGAAUUGGUUUGGCCGGUAUUGGAGCGCGCCCUGGCGGGGAAGACCUGGGAUGGGAAAGAAGUGGUGCUGAAGGCACUAGUGAAAUUUAGUAGCCAAGCUCAGAAGCUGUGGCAAGCCAAGCCGGAGUUGCGUAACCUGCUGAAGACGAUUACGGUUCGCGAAGCGAAGCGAGCUAACGCGCUGUACCGGCCACAUGGAUUACGAGCCAUGGGCGAGAUCGCGCAGGUACGCCAGGACCUUAACUUCAUGCCGGACGCAUUGAAUGUUAUUCCUGGUGUGGUUGACGAAAUGGUGGGAGAAGACGAAGACAAGAUGGAGAUAGAUUCCAAAAAUGGGCCCGGCUCGAUCCAGGACGACACCCUUACCGCAUGUGUCCAAUGCCUCCUGCAAUGUUUCAACCCCACCGACUCGAACCAAGCGCUGGGAGGAUACGUAGAACAGAUGACUGGUCCGUUGGCGCAGGUUUUCCAGCACGGUGGACGACAGGUCGUCAGCACGGGCUACGAAGAGCUCCGGGCGUUCUUUACCCGAGUGGAUCAGUGGAGCGUUUCACCGGAUGCCUCCGGUGAACAAGUCGGAAGCGCGUUGACUGCUCUCGCAGACAAGAUUCUCACAAAUGAGCUGGAUGGGUCUGUCGAAUCUAUCCGCAAGGGUCGCGCAGAGGCAAUUCUGGCGUACCUGAAACUGUGUCCGCAUGCCCAAGCGGGUGUGCCUGACUCACUUCUGACGAGUGUGCGAGAGUGGAGAGCCAGUGAACGAUCGCAAGCGGUUCAACGUGUGCUAGAUGAGGCCCUGACACUCCCGAAUUAA